GACGGGCUCGGUUGGUGGGCGGGGCCCGGCGCGAAGCGGUAAGAAGGGGCGCUGCGCGCGGAGGGGGUGUCUUCACCUCACUCGGGUUUUAUCGCGACACGGUUCGUUUUGUCGACGGUGGCCGGAAAGGGACAAUUACCUCAUGGAGCCCGCCGCCCGCCGCCAUCACUCUCAUCGCCGCCGCCUGCUCCUCGGCGACGCCGAGGGUCCCCUCACCCGCCGGAGAAGCCUCAACGCUGCAGGCUCAACUGAGUCCUACGUGCAGAUGUUGGAAGUCAAGAACGCCAAUAUGAAGAGGACGUCGUCUUCCGAUUCUACCGAUUCAGGUUGCUGCAUGGAUUCUCCUGCCCUGCUUGGCAUGAACGACCUUGAAGAAAGCUUUCGGCUGCCCAUGAGGAGAAUGCAUUCUCUCCCGCACGGCCUUCUGGGUUGCAGCCCUGCGCUGAAGAGGAACCACUCGGUUCAACUGGAUUGUAACGUCUUCCAACCUCUCCCUCCUGAAGAGAACAAAGAGAAUGAGCACUUUGAGUUCAAGAAACCAACCGUCCCUGCCUCUCGUGGCUCUCUGCACCUUUCUUCUCCAGACGAUGAAAAAGACCCUUCCGAAGCGAGGGAGGACUCGAACACAGUACUUAAGGUCUCCAGCAGUCAAAAUAUUGAAAAUGAUACCGGAAUGGCGACCCCUUUAUUCCCACGCCUGUUGUCCCAACAAAUCACGGAAACGGAAAACGACGAUGGCUUUUUAGAGAUGAUGGAUGGUCCGGAUAACACUAGUGAAGACGAGACGGCUUCUGAUAUGUCGUGCCUUUGGACCGCUCCUCUGAUGGUCGCUAAGAGCGAGGACCUGCAUAGCCAGCAGCAAAAACUGAGCAACACCAUUCGCAACCUGGCUAAGACGGCCACAGUGAAAAGAACGGAGAAGGCUGUCGAAGAGAGUGUCCCACCUUUCGGCAAACGGAGGAGAAACACACACAUGGAAGAUGACGAAGAAGCCACGAGUCCCUCUUCCUCUUUGGAGAUAGGCAACGUGUUGGAUCAGGACCAGAGGGACCUCAUUGGAGACUUUUCAAAGAGUUACCUCUUCCACACCGUUGAUGGCAAACAUCAGGACUUGAAGUACAUCAAUCCAGAAAUGAUUGUCGCCAUCCUGAACGGCAACUUCUCCCUCUUCAUCACGCAGUGCGUGAUCAUAGAUUGCAGGUUUCCCUACGAGUACGACGGGGGUCACAUCAAGGGCGCCAUCAACCUUCCAAUGGAGCAAGACGUGGAAGAAUUUCUGCUGAAAAAACCCCUGGUGUCCUCCAGCAACAAGCGCAUCAUUGUCGUGUUCCACUGCGAGUUCUCCUCCGAGCGGGCCCCCCGAAUGUGCCGAUUUGUCAGAGAAAGGGACCGGCUGGACAACCAGUAUCCCGCCCUGCACUACCCAGAGCUCUACAUCCUCAAAGGUGGCUACAAGGACUUCUUCCUCAAAUGCAAGAGCUACUGUGAGCCCCAGAGCUACCGCCCCAUGCACCACAAGGACUUCAAGGAGGACCUGCGCACCUUUCGCACCCGGAGCCGGACCUGGGCGGGCGAGAAGAGCAAACGCGAACACUACAGCCGCUUGAAGAAGCUCUGAAGGGGGCCGGCGGGGUCUGAAACGGACACAUUUUUGAAGGGGGGGGGAGGUUGGGUCCGUCCUGCGCGAUCUGACGGAGACCACAAGGCUGCCGUCCCAGGUGUGACAGGGAGGCACUCUAGCCGCGAAUCCUGGAUGGUUUUUCCUGUGUUUCAAUAGCACAGGUGGGAAAGUAGAAAGGGCCUACAAACACACACACAAACACACAAAUGUAUAUAUAUAUGUAUAUAUAUAUAUCAGAUGAAACUAUAUUAAUAUAUAUAAAUGCUGUCAGAUGAAGCAAUAGAUAUAUAUGAAUAUAUGUAUGUAUGAGAUUAUAUAUACAUACAUACAUACAUACAUACAUCUUUUUGUGUGUGUCUGUGUAUACACACAAUCGUCACUUAGCCACCAUUCAGACAAGCUCCAAUCACGGUUGAGAUUCAGGAUCCAAAAAAGCAACUUAGGAAGAAGAGAGAAAAAAACCUCCAGUGGUAAUUGAACGAUUUCGAAAGAAGCCUUGGCAUAAACCGGCAUUGGAAGCAUAAGCCGGCAUGCUAGCUUGCCGAAUCUUGCUCUUUUUUUGGGGGUGGGUGGUGGUGGUAUUUGUCCAUGUUUUAUGUAACGUUAAACCGGAGGUUGCUUCUCUAAGCCACAAUUCAGAUAAGCCCCAACUAUCAUUAAGCUAAUUUGGAAGCAAUGUGAAUAUAACAUACAAACUAAGUUUAUUUUGUCAUAAACUGGUUAAGCCAAGCAGGAUUCUAGACUGGAAAUCUAGCUUCUGUUUUGUGUAAUGCUAAACUAGAAGUCUCUAGCCACAAUUCGGACAGAUUGCAGUUAAGCUAAUCUAGGAUUCCCUUGCAAGUUAACCCUAGUUUGUCACAAACUCUGUUUAAUUAAGGAAAGCAGAACACCAGUUUGGAAAUCUUGCUUUUGGGUGUGUCCAUCUUUUGUGUAACGCUAAACCAGAGGUUGCUACUCUAAUUCAGACAACCCCCAAGUUAACCUUAGUUUGUCACAAGCUCUGGUUAAGCAAACUUGGCUUGAGAUGUCCGCACACAUCCCAAGUUUACCUUAAACCGAGAUUAUUCUUUUUCAAUGAAUGAGAAACUGACUUCAACCUCUGAUUUCAGAGAAACCACACUCAGGUCUUUGUCUCCUGCCCGCUCUGGGAGUUUUAAAUAAUGGCUUAGCGUUACGCAAACCGGGCGUCCAUGUCAGUAUUAAAAAUCCUUAAUAGCUGGUGCGGGUGAAGGAACUUUUCCAGGAAGUGUAACAUUGUGUAAGCUUCCAUUUUUCUGCUUUUGACAUUCGAGGUCUGCAUCAGACCCAGGAAAAAAAAAACACGCUACCUCGGUUUAUUUAAGCCAGCAAUGCUGGUUUGUUUUGGGGACGCUGGAGAGCCAGCAGCUGAGUCUACUGACCAUUUGUGGAUCUCAAGGUAGCCUCGCUCGUCGCUUCCUGUGUAAAAAACAUUCCCUGGAACGGCCCAGACCCUGGGCUUGAGAGGGUGCGUAUGGUUUAUGUAGUCCUUCGCCAUUUUCAGCCUGCUCUGGCCUGUUUUGCACAGCCCACCUGCUGACUGAGGGAAAAUAGUGAGUUUUUAAGGUCUUGUAAAUAAGGGAGGGUGAGGAAGGUUGGGAAGGCCGAAAAGGGUGAGGAAAAAAUGAAAUUUUCUUGUGCAAAUAAAUUGCCCACGAUUUUU